UAGCUAAAUCUGGCAAGAAUGCAGUAGCCCCGGCAAAAAAUAUCAGAAGUCGGCUAUGGAAUAACCGAGUGAGCGAUGGCUUCAUCAUAAUGAAUUUCAGGGGUCAAGCCAAGGUGGACACAAAUACACUGUCCAAAAAGUCUAGUAAGCCCAUUGCAAGGAUCAUGAAGAAGGCUUCUGGUACUCAAGAGGCAUCAAAAGCCAAAUAUGCAUCUGUUGCAAUCAAAUCAAUUUCUAGUACUGCAUCAUCAUCCAAGAUUGUGGAACCCUCAGCAUCUCUUUGUGAGGAUAUAACUAAUAUGUCCAUUCAAGGGAGUGAUGCAUCUGAACCUACUUGUAAUCCAAGUACAAGCACGGAUUUGAUUGUCAGGAAAAAAGUUGGUCGUAGGAGAUCGUAUACAUCCUUGUUGGUCGCUGGAGCAAAGUUGCUGGAUAAAUGUGCUGUAGCUACGGAGAUGGCUAACCUACCAAGUAUUGACAAUGACCACAACCAAAUGGAGGUUGCUGAAUACGUUGAGGAGAUAUAUCGUUAUUAUUGGGUUACAGAGGCACAAAGCUCGUCUCUUUCAAAUUACUUAUCAGUACAAAAAGAAAUUAACCCCCAUAUGCGAGGCGUUUUGAUCAACUGGUUGAUUGAAGUACACUUCAAAUUUGACUUGAUGCCUGAAACACUAUUUCUCACUGUUACAUUGUUUGAUCGGUAUCUCUCCCAAGUCAUAAUCAAGAAGAAUGAAAUGCAGUUGGUUGGUCUUACUGCAUUGCUAUUGGCAUCGAAAUAUGAAGAUUUUUGGCAUCCUAGGGUUAAAGAUCUAAUUAGCAUUUCAGCUGAGUCCUACUCAAGAGAGCAAGUGCUACAAAUGGAAGCACUCAUUCUUAAGAAGUUGAAGUUUCGCUUGAACAUGCCUACUCCAUAUGUUUUUAUGUUAAGAUUUCUCAAGGCUGCUCAGUCUAAUACUCAGCUUGAACACUUAACAUUUUACUUGAUUGAGCUGGCCUUGGUUGAAUACGAAGCUCUUAGUUUCAAGCCGUCGUUGCUAUGUGCAUCGGCCCUAUAUGUUGCACGGUGUACGUUGCAAAUAAGUCCAUGCUGGACCGCACUACUAAACAAACAUACACGCUACGAAGCGUCCCAAAUAAGAGAAUGUGCUGAGAAAAUCUUGAAAUUUCACCAAUCUGCUCAUUUGGGACAGCUGAAAGUCACGUAUGAGAAGUACAUGAAACCUGGUUUUAGCCGUGUUGCGACUCUAAAGCCAUUGGACAAGCUUCCUCUUUGAAUUUUCUUCACCUUAUUUUCAUCCUGUAAAUUGAUUCAUAUGAUGUUACUUGGUAAACUUUCCCUCGUCAUUCUAUCCUCUUUUCUUUCAUCUAAACUUUUUCUGACCUCCUGACAGGAAGCAAACUUGUGGGUGUCGAUCUUGUAAUAGAAAGGUCAUGACCAUGGCUUACUAUAGUGUGAUGAAGUCUUUGGCUGCAUGGAACCUCCGUUCUCCGACUUAGUGUUUAUUGCAUUUGAAUGGCGUUCACCAUUCGUUGGUUGUCUUGAGACAAUUCACAUUACUUCUUGUUUUGCAUUAGAACAAAACCUCCCUCGAGUUCAUUUUCUGGAACUAGUGACACCCAACUGUAAUACUUGAGUAUUCAGGACUGUUUUUUUUAAG